AUGUCUGCCUUAACUAGAACCACUACACGUUUGAUCACUCGCCAAACUUUAUUGCAAUCCACUCGUGCUCGUUCUCCUUUGAUCUUGCGUGCAUGGGCUUCGUCUUAUCCACCUCAUACAAUCAUUAAUAUGCCUGCUUUGUCACCAACAAUGACUCAAGGUAAUUUAACCAGUUGGUCUAAAAAUGUUGGUGAUGCUUUGGCUCCAGGUGAUGUCUUGGCUGAAGUCGAAACCGAUAAGGCUCAAAUCGAUUUCGAAUUCCAAGAUGAAGGUUUCUUGGCAAAAACUUUUGUAGAACCUGGUACCAAGGAUAUCCCAGUUAAUAAGCCAAUUGCUGUCUACGUCGAAGAUGCUGCUGAUGUUGCUGCAUUUGCUGAUUUCCAACCGCCAGAAGAUUCUGCUUCUGCUCCAGCUCCAGCUGCCGAUGCUACCGCUGCUGCCGAUGCUGCCCCUGCUUCCACUCCUGCCUCUACUCCUGCCUCCACUUCUGCAAAGGCUGCUUCUGAAUCUUCUGCUCCAGUAGGCAGAAUCUUUGCCUCUCCAUUAGCCAAGAUGAUGGCAUUAGAUCAAGGUAUUGCUUUGAAAAAUAUUAAAGGUACUGGUCCAAAGGGCAGAAUCGUUAAGAAAGAUGUUGAUAACUAUUUGGCUUCUAAUAAACAAACCCAACAAGCUAAAGCUGCCACACCAGCUACCACUGCUGCCACUACUGCUUCUUAUGAAGAUGUUCCAAUUUCCAACAUGAGAGAAAUUAUUGGUAGACGUCUGUUAGAAUCAACCAAUUCAAUUCCUUUUUAUUUCAUUUCCACUGAUAUGUCUGUUUCCAAAUUGAAUAAACUAAGAUUAUCUUUAAAUAGCUCUCCAGAUGCAAAGGCAAAGAAUUACAAGAUUUCCAUAAACGAUUUAUUAAUUAAAGCCAUCUCUGUAGCUGCAAGACGUGUUCCAGAUGCUAAUUCUUAUUGGUUACAAGAACAAGGUGUUAUUAGACAAUUCAAGAACGUCGACGUCUCUGUAGCUGUUGCUACGCCAACUGGUUUGAUUACUCCAAUCAUUAAAAACACUGAAUCAAAGGGUUUACAAUCUAUUUCAGUAGAAACUAAAGAAUUGAUUGGUAGAGCUAAGAUCAACAAAUUACAACCAGAAGAAUUCCAAGGUGGUACUAUCUGUAUAUCAAACAUGGGUAUGAAUGAUGCCAUUUCAAGUUUCACUUCUAUCAUUAACCCCCCACAAUCUACCAUCUUGGCCAUUGGUACAAUUAAGAAAAUAGCUAUUGAAGAUGCUCGUUCAGAUAUUGGAUUAUCUUUUGAUUCUGUGAUGACUAUUACUGGUACUUUCGACCACAGAACUAUCGAUGGUGCUAAAGCCGGUGUUUUCAUGAAGGAAUUGAAGACAAUUGUUGAAAAUCCAUUACAAUUAUUAUUAUAA